AUGACGAGGCUUGGCCUCACUCCCAAAUCACUAAGCGUAGCCAUAUCCGGCGUGAACGGAACGGUUACGACGGCCACGCAAGCAGUAAAAAUCGAAUUGCAAUCGCGAAUAGAUUCAUACAGUGCUACAAUCGAUUGUAUUGUUUCAGAUCAAGUUACAGAAAAACUCCCUGGCAUACCGUUAAGGCGAAAGGAUUUCGAACUGCCACGAAAUAUAAAGCUAGCUGAUACACAAUUUCACGUAUCCUCCGAUAUCGACAUUCUAAUAGGAGCCGAAAUAUUUUGGGAUCUUCUCUCUGUAGGACAGAUACAAUCAUCGGACAGGCAUCCUAAAUUACAAAAAACGAGGUUUGGAUGGAUCCUAGCAGGACGAAUGUUUGAUUCAAAAUCAAUUCACGCAAAGGUACAUUCUCUACACGCAUCUAUAACUAACGAGCAGUUACAUGAUCAAUUAAGUUGGUUCUGGCAAUUAGACGACGCGACAAAUGACUCCGAUAAUUUGACUCCUGAGGAAAGUUAUUGUGAGCAGCAUUUUAACAGCAAUAUUCAUCAAAAUCCACAAGGCAGAUACGUGGUCAAACUUCCCAUUAGAGAUCAAUUAAUCGACAAGUUAGGAGACUCUCGAAGCAUUGCCAUGUCUCGUUUGAAGGGCAUCGAAAAACGUUUUAAACGACAGCCCGAUCUAGAAGAGCAAUACAAACAAUUUAUCAAUGAGUACAUAUCGUUAGGGCACAUGCAAAAAAUAGAAUUGCAGCUCGAUGAGAGUUCCCCAUGUUUUUAUUUACCGCAUCAUUGCGUAUUCAAAUCUAACAAUCAAACGUCAAAGAUCCGCGUAGUAUUUGACGCUUCAUGCAAAUCUACCGAGGGCUUAUCUUUAAAUGAUGCACUUAUGAUAGGGCCAGUAGUGCAGCAAGAGCUAACAUCCAUACUCAUCCGAUUUCGUUUCUUCAUUUAUGUUUUUAGCGCCGACGUAAUAAAAAUGUAUAGACAAGUAUUGGUGGAUCCUUCUCAAACACGUCUACAAAGGAUACUAUGGCGGGACGACCCUGCUAACAACGUCGACACAUACGAACUAUUGAUAGUUACGUAUGGAACAUCAUCAGCUUCAUACUUGGCCACCAGGUGCCUUACUUAUCAUGCCGAUCAAUACGCAGCUAAGUACCCGGUAGGCUCUAGAGAGGUGAAACGCAGUUUUUACGUAGAUGACUUUUUGUCGGGAGCAGAUACUCUGCACGAGGCUAAGGUACUCCGAGAUGAACUAAUAGAAUUGCUGAGAAUAGGAUCUUUCGAACUCAGUAAGUGGGCGUCGAAUUGCCCAGAACUCCUAAAAAAUAUAAAGGAUCGUGAUGAGGAAGUAAUUACCAUUCAUAACGAGACAGAUUCUAGCAUACUAGGGAUUCAAUGGAAUCAAGUCAAGGAUGUUUUUCACUUUGCAUACAAUUCAGACUCCACUAACAGCGCAGUAUCUAAGCGCGUUAUUCUUUCUGAAGUUUCCAGGUUGUUUGAUCCUCUGGGUCUCCUCGGACCCGUCAUUGUAAUUGCCAAACUCAUUCUUCAAGACCUGUGGAAGGCCGGCAUCCAUUGGGAUGAAUCUGUGCCGCAGGAAUUACAUACAAGCUGGCUAAAAUUCAAGUCUCAAUUACAUGCUGUAAAUCAGCUACAAAUCCCUAGGGGUGUCAAAUACAACCCAGACUCACAGCUCGUGCAAUUACACGGGUUUUGUGAUGCAAGUCAAAAUGCAUAUGGCGCAUGUAUAUAUGUACGCACAACCAUCGAAUCUAGUGAAUAUCGUUCACAGUUGCUGUGUUCAAAAUCCCGUGUGGCACCACUCAAGGCCGUGUCACUGCCAAGGCUUGAACUAUCGGCAGCGGUUCUGUUAGCUCAACUCAUAACUAAGGUGAAAGACUCAUUGGGCUCGCCCAUGCAAGCAUUUCUUUGGUCGGACUCCACCAUAGCAUUGAAUUGGAUAGCUUCAUCCUCGCGCAACUGGUCAGUAUUCGUGGCAAAUAGAGUCGGAGAAAUUCAAAGGUUGACUCAGAUCAGUCAGUGGCGUCACGUCUCCUCUUCCGACAAUCCUGCAGACAUACUAUCCAGGGGCAUAUAUCCGUAUGAUUUAAUCGCAUCAUCCAUGUGGUGGCACGGGCCCAGCUUUCUACAGUUGCAUGAAAAUCAGUGGCCAUCGGGAAGUUUUACAUAUCCGAGGGAGGAUAUGCCCGAACAAAGAAGAAUAGCCGCGAUUGUCGUCAAGCAUGACCAAUGCAUGGUCACCCAGCUAUUAACCAAGCAUUCAAGUCUAAACAAAAUCCUUCGGAUCAUUGCGUAUUGCAUGAGAUUUUCUACGAAACGGAAUCUCGCGCCAAAUAGAACAAUAUCUUCGUCUGAACUUUUACUUGUAACGGAAAUCGUGUGCAGGGAGGUACAAAAACAAGUCUUCUCUAAAGAAUACGAAGCAUUAAAAUUAGGAACGACCAUUAAUACAGGCAGCCGUCUAUUGCCGUUAACUCCUUUCAUGGAUAAAGAUGGCCUAAUCCGGGUGGGCGGUAGGCUUAAAAACUCAAACCUAGAUUUUGACGCAUGCCAUCCCAUUUUGCUGCCGCGCAAUCACGAUUUAACACAAAAAAUAAUUAGACAAGAGCAUAUUCGGAAUAUGCACGCCGGAACACAAGGUACUAUGGCCGCCGUCCGGCAACGUUUCUGGCCACUUUCGCUAAGAUCCGCAGCGCGAAAGAUCAUACAAGAAUGCGUAACUUGUUUUAAAGCAAAACCGCGAUUCUCGGAAGCUUUAAUGGGAUCAUUACCCGCCGGUCGAGUCACCCCAUCUAGACCGUUCGCGCAUUGUGGGAUAGACUAUGCCGGUCCAGUCACAAUACGCGAAGGAAACAGGCGCAACUCUCGCAAUCAUAAGGCCUACAUAGCCAUUUUCGUAUGCUUUGCCACUAAAGCCGCGCACAUCGAAGUCGUAAGCAAUUUGACGACAGACUGUUUUCUUGGUGCAUUCAAACGUUUCAUUGCGCGAAGAGGGAAACCGACCCACAUGUACUCGGAUAAUGGGACCACCUUUGUCGGGGCAAAAAAGCAAAUCAAGGAACUAUACGAAUUUUAUAACAAACAAGAAACGCAGUCCGAUCUCAAUCAAUUCUGUGCCAACGAGGGCAUUUGCUGGGGAUUCAUUCCGCCCAACGCUCCCCAUUUUGGCGGUUUAUGGGAAGCGGCGGUAAAAUCCGCCAAACAUCACUUGACUAGAAUUGUGGGCCAAGCCCAUUUAAAUUUUGAAGAACUGCAGACUGUAUUAUCUGAGAUAGAAGCUAUAUUAAAUUCGCGCCCUAUCACGCCACUAAGCGUGGAUCCCAACGACUUGUGUUAUCAUGGUCCGGGUCACUUUCUGGUUGGUACAGCACUAAAUAGUUUUCCUUGCAGAGAUUUCUGCGAGAUCAAUGAGAAUAGGCUCCUACGAUGGCAACGCGUGGAGCAACUUCGACAGCACUUUUGGCGCAGAUGGAGUAGCGAGUACUUAGGCUCGUUGCAGGAAAGGUCGAAAUGGAAACAAAAUUCGGGCAUUCAACUACGCGUCAAUCAGCUCGUACUUGUAAAACAACAAAAUCUACCCCCUCUACAAUGGGCUAUAGGUCGCGUCUUAGAGAUUCAUCCCGGAUCCGACAAUGUAGAACGAACUGCAACUAUAAAAACCACCAAGGGUACUUAUGUUAGACCAUUGUCGAAGCUCGCGAUAUUACCCUCAGAAAUCCAAACGACGGAUAACUAA